GUUAUGUGUUAUGUGGUUAAGUUGUGACGUCAUAGCACUCGUUGCUGCUAGCGGAACACCCAACCGUUAGGUUCUCGGUCUCUGUUGUUGCUAUCUGUUAUGCAAUUUGUGUGUAUUUAUUGAUAUGGAUACAAAAAAGAAAUAUUAUAAAUAUUGUAUAGUUCCCGGAUGUAAGAAUACCUCGGUAUCUACCCCCAAUAAAAUAUUUAUUUCGUUACCAAGUGACGAAAAUGUUAGAAAGUUGUGGCAGCAGUCAAUGCGCAGAGAAAAAUUUGUUAGCAAUAAAGGGACAAAGUUUUGCUGUGAAGAUCACUUUAACGUAGAAGAGGAUAUGGAGAAUUAUAUGUAUUAUAAGACAAUGAGACGUGGAAAAAUACAAUUAAAAUCAGGGGUUAUUCCGCACAUUUUCAAAUGUCAGGAAGAUAGAAAAUCAUCACACAAGUCGAAACCAAGACAACUAUUUUUGAAAAGAAAAAAUAACAGUGAUGAUGUAAGAGAUUCCUGUGUAAUGAUAGAUACACAAAGUCUCGAAAGAACUGACAAUGAAACAGCUCCUGAGACAAGCACUGUACAAGGAAACAAAUACGUUCAAGUUAAUUUGAAACCUUUUGUUCGCUCGAAAUCAAUUCAGUGUAUUCUUCCAUGCACGAGUAAUGAAGUUUCAAAUCGCAGCAAAAGAAAGCAAUUUAUGAAUACUUUAAAACUAAAAAAAAUAUUGUGAUUCCUCCAUUAAGCCUUCCAAUAGCAGCCGGAAUUACCACCUCGGAUGUGACUAUACAAUUUCUGAAUUUAGUAUUUUAGAAGUAUUUACACAGAACUGGAAUGCGAAAGAGAAUGUAGAAAAUAUAAAUAUUUAGGAAUUCCAAGCCAUUCUGACUACAAGAAUUUGUAUAGUAAUACAAAAAACCUACCCUUAUGAGAUCAUCACUUAAAAACAUUUAUUCGAGCAUUUAUUCAGUGAAAAUUUCUGACAGAAAUCGGAAAACAUCUACCAGUUCCAUCUUGUCAUAGAACAGAAGUUUCUUUUCAAAAACUAAGGAAACCAGUUUUGCAGACUUUAUUGCAAUCUGAAUCCGAAGGUUGUAUUACAAUAAAGUGUUUAGUAACAUACACCUUACGGUCUUAAUUUCACAUAGACUUGGAGUCUGCCUGCAGGUAUAAAAAAUUCUAAGCAAGAAGUGACGAAAGCUAAAAUAAUUGUUGGUUUAAAAAUUCACGUUGAACACGUUACUAUGUUUCAGUUUCGCACCUCUUCAAUGAGAUUAAUUAAAUAUUUAGAUUUUGAUCCAAUCUCAUUGCGGUUUAAUAUGUAAAACUUAAAUAAAUUUUGUAAAAUUA